AUGUGGGGGGAAUCGGCCAAGAUCAGGGCACACUCGAUGAAGGAGGACCUGGCAAUUUCCUCGGCCGAGCUUGUGUACGGUGCCCUGCUUAUGGUCCCAGGGGUUUCCAUCCCGGCAGCACAUAGACAUCAGGAGCUGCCCAUCACCGUGCUGAUGUGCCUCCAGGAGAAGGUGGGCACGCUCUCCUCAUCCCAACGUCCUGCCACGGACACAUCCCCACGUACAUCCCACCCGCCCUCACAGACUGCCAUUCUUCCCAGCUCUUCCAGCUUGUCACCAUGCCACUCAGGAUAUAGCCCUGAGCCUCAUAUCUCAGCACUAGACCAUCCAGCAUGUGGUUGGGUUAUCCCUGAGAAGUUCCAACACAUUCUCCGACUGCACAACACCAACAUCGAUGGGCGAAGGAAGAUAGCAUUUGCCAUCACCGCCAUCAAGGGGGUUGGACACCGCCAUGCCCAUGUGGUGCUGAGGAAAGCUGACAUCGACCUGAGCAAGAGAGCCGGGGAGAUUUCCGAGGAGGAGGUGGAACGCGUUAUUACCGCCAUGCAGAAUCCACGGCAACACAAGAUCCCCGACUGGUUCCUGAACAGGCAGAAGGAUGUCAAAGACGGCAAGUACAGCCAGGUCCUGGCCAACGGUCUGGACAACAAACUGCGCGAGGAUCUAGAGCGUUUGAAGAAGAUCCGUGCGCAAAGGGGUCUGCGGCACAUCUGGGGCCUCCGUGUGCGUGGACAACACACCAAGACCACGGGAAGAAGAGGGCGCACAGUAGGUGUGUCCAAGAAGCAGUAAAUAUUUUGCCUGGCACCAAUUUAGCAAA